CUUAACGAAUUAGCAUUAAAUUACUCUUUAUUAAUUGGAUUCACAAACUAAAAAUACAGAACCAAUCAUGCUAAAGACAGUCAAAAGCUCUGCGUAUAUAUGUUAUUUACUAUUCUAUUCAUUCUGAAAACUAUAUGGAAAAGUAGUUUUAAUGAUUCGAGGACUCCUCAGUUUUGCCAAAGCGGUGUGUUUGAAUAUGUUUGUUCUGAGCAGGUUGGUCUUGCUGUGAAAUGAUUUAGCAUAGAAGGUGAUGGUGGACGAUGUGGAUAGUUCUAAUACAAAUUUGUCGCUCGUAGAAGAAAAUUCUUCAACACAAAUAAGAUCAAGUUUAAGUUGUGAUAGCCCGCAAAACAAACCUAAUAAUAAGACCUGGAGCAGUUCACUAAAGUGUUCUGUUUCGUGUACUUCUUUAUUACCGGUUUUCAGCAUACCUUCAGAAAAGAGUCCUUCUUCGUAUGUCUACCGCACAGAUGGUGCUGAGCGUGGACUGUGUGUUGUUUUUCAGUUGAUAAAUUUGAUCCGAUACUUUGUUUGCCACCAAGAAAUGGUUCUUUGGUUGAUAUACAAAAUAUUAAGAGAGCUUUUACGAGCCUCGACUUUAGGGUCAUAGUGCAUUCAAAUCCGACAUCCGAAAGUUUAUUUUCUUUAAUCCGAACAAUCUCAACACAAAAUCUACGCGACCAUGACUGUUUCGCUUGUGUGAUUCUUUCUCAUGGUGAUGAGGGUGGAUUAAUAUACGCAACAGAUGGUUCUAUUCCCGUGGAUCGUAUCAUCGCUCCAUUUCGUGGAGAUCAAUGUUUGGAUUUAAGAGGCAAGCCAAAACUAUUCUUUAUCCAAGCAUGCCGUGGAAUGGCACUUGAUGACGGCGUAUUUGUUUGUGAUGGACCUUUAUCUAAUAGUAAAUCUGCGGAUGCUGCGACAACAACAAGACGGAUUCCAGUUGAGGCAGAUCUUUUCAUCGCCUAUUCAGUCCAACCAGGUUAUUACGCUUUUCGUAACUCCGUCAACGGUUCUUGGUUCAUACGAGCCUUAUCUGAUGUCUUGCUUCGGUAUGGAAAUACUUUAGAUUUGUUGAGUAUCAUGACACGUGUGAACUAUGAGGUUGCUUUUGAAUACGAGUCAACUGCAGCCAAUCCCUCAUUCUGCUGUAAGAAGCAAAUGCCAUCGUUUGUGUCUACUUUGACAAAGCACGUCAUCUUUCCACCAAAAAAACAUCGGAAUACUUCGAAACUGCUGUAAAGUUUUUAAUUCAAAGCAACUAACUGAUGGAUAUAUUCAUUAAAAUUUUUCAGAUUCGAAACAAGAAAAUAACGUGAUAUAAUUUUCUUACGGUAAAAUCCAGAGAAACAAUUUUCUAUACUUUAAAUGAUAUUUUCUCUAAAUUCCAUAUCCCUUGUGAAGUACAUGUUGAAAAUGAUAGCUAUCUAAUUUUUUGAACAAUCUGUUACAUGAUCUUCAAUUUCUUUUGAGAUAACGAUUUAUUUAAGCCUUCUAUUUGACGACCUAAAUAUCCUACUGAACAGCUAAAAAGUAUAUUUUAGUGACGUGUUUAAAUCCAUGAGAAACCUUCGAUACUGACAGUCUUAGCGUAGGAUAUAUAAAAUGGUCGAAAUAAUGUCGAGUAAAAAAAAAUUAGUGUUAUACUUAGAUGCUACUUUCUGCCUUUUUUUCUGACGAAUUUACUUUCCCAAACUAGAAUGUUCACCAUUUAUAUUGCAGUUAUUUCGAUUGUUACUUUUUAGACUGCUCUGUUUUUGUUCCUCGAUAUUCUUCACUGGAGUAUAUUCAUCAGUCCUAUUUGUGUGAUUCAUGUGCUUUAUUUACGUCAAACUAGUUUGGUAAAGUUCGAUAUUUUAGAGCCUCCUUUCCAGAGUCGCAGGAUGAGCCUUGUUCGCUUGAAGUUUAAAACAAAUUCUGAAAUCUUCGUGGUGACAGAUCCUUCAUAGGCAGCGUACUAUAAAGUAAUGCAAAUGAUUUUCACCCUGACUUGAGAUAAACAGAAAGCGCUGGAUGUCUGCUUCGCCUUAGUGCUGAAUUCGCUCUUCGUUGACGUUUACAUAUUCCCUAACUUUGUUGCGUUUCGUAUUAAAUUCAGACUGGACCUCUGAUAAACACAAGUAAAACAACCACUAGGGUCGAUAUGAAUAGACUAUGUCUAGAGUUGAUCAUUACACAAUUCUUGGUGCUCAUGGUAUCUACAUUUAUCUGAUUUCCAGAUAUUUGAAACAAUGCUGUUCGAAAAAUGGACAGAAUUGUCGGUAAGUCGUAUGCACAAAAGUCUAAAGGAAUGUAAUUGGCCCGCAAAACUGACGUUUGAAUUAGCGAACCAAUCCAGCUCUUCCAAUGUUUGAGAACAUUUUCAUCAUGAAUAGUGGAUAAUGAUACGGAUAUUUAGGAUCUACUCGGCUUCAUUUUUGUUGGUUUCAAUAAACCCAAGGUGUGAAACCAAUCGUCAGCCGUAUGUCUAGUGUUACAGGGAGUGUCAAUAAGCUAGAUUCCUUUGGGCAUACUGUUAACCAUUAGGGUAUUUGGUUGAUGAGUGUAUUACUGAAUAUUUGUGACCGGUUACGUACAAACAGCCUUUUUAUAUCCAUGAGACUGAUUAUUCUCACGAAGCGAAAACGACAAAGAAUCCGUACUAGUAAAUGUCCGACUAGAUAUUACAGUAUUAAUUAACAGGUUGAUCUGAUUGUAUAAUCGGAAGUCGAAUGAAUAAGAAAAGCGUAAAGAUGCAGCAGAUAUUCGGGUUGAGUCAAACCGAAUAAACUUCGGUUCGUUAGUUCUGCUUUCAGACCGGCUAUUGUUGCCGUUAAAUCGUACGGGCAAGGACGUUUAUUGAAUGGUUUUUCGUGUCGGACUGUUAGGUGCUUGAGAAACUACAGAGUUUUCUGUAAUGUCUCAAGGGGCUGCUAUACUUGUGCUUCUAAUCAGGUCUAUCUGUCGCUCCUGGUCUACAGACAUGUCGUUCUUCGUGUAGUUUGGAUUCGUCUGCAACUAUGGUGAGUGAGAGUAUAACAGGUCUGGGAUGUCAUUUUGUAUUUUUGAGGUCUUCCUUUGACAAAACGAACUUCGGUGCUGGAUGUUCUUAUGGUUUUCAGAAUCCGGUUUGCAGAUAUGGCCAGUUCGUCUAGAGCGAUAUUUUUAAAUGACACAAGGACCGCGUGCACCUGUUGUGGGAAGAGUAGACAAAAGGAGCUGUUUAAAUAGGCUCCCGUCAAAUGUCCAUUGACUAACAACCUUGCUGAGUCGUGUUCCAACUCACUGGUUUGGAAGAGCUGGUCCGAAUUUUGUCGGUCGGUGAAGUCUCCGCGUUUAUGUAUAGCUCUCACAAAGUGUCGUAAGGUUCAGAAACCUCACUAGUUAGCAUACUAUGUGUAACGUAACUAUUAAGGUCGCAUGGUGAUCUCUAUACCACUGAAAGUAAUUUUACAAACGGCACUGUCACGCCGUGCUAAUGGAAGUAAGUUUCUGCAUAGCAAAACCAGGUCUCGAUAUUGUUGGACUGGAAUGACAUGAGCUGAAAGGUGGGAGGUGGAGUUUUCAUUUUAAGUGGUUUGCGAGUCUGUUCUGUAAUGUUGAAGACAAGAUGUACAAAUUGUCAAUAGAAAAAUACACGAAAAUAUCAAAACUUCGACAUUUAUGUAAUACUUUAAGCGUUAUCACUAAUCUUUCCGAACCAGCUUUGUUUUCUCGGCUUUUGCUACUACUAAUACUCAUGUCAGUGUAUUCUUUCUAACGUGUUGUAUGUGAUAAAAUGUUUGUGUAUAUUGUUUCGAGUAUGAUUUUGUAAAUAUCAAACUCAGGAAUGAUCUUUUUUGCUAAAAUAAACGUAGCUGCUACCUGGAAUCUUCCAACCGCACUCAAGAAAGGAUCUCCGGUUUGUUAUUCUUUUCAAUAUAUUUGAUAACUCUCAGAUGCUGAGUGUACAGUUGUUUUGGGUACCUUUGAUAUAUUUCAGAGCAUUAUGAAACUUGUGCACCUGACAACCUUGAACGAAGUCGGAGCUGCUAUCCGUUUAUUGUUCAUUGAAAAUAUACCAUAUAACAUUAUUAGACUACUUAGACACAUGACGUCAUGCGUGAAAACAAGCUGAACGAUGAAAACUCAAAUCCGCUACCAAUGUAUUGUGUAUUUUUAUUGUUUUGACCACAAAGGGAAGUCGGAGGGCCAUAGUCAGAGAGUAAAAUGAUGAGUGACUGUUAUUAUGCUCACUUCUUUACAAACCGAUGAGUACCGGUUGUCGAGCCGUGUUUCGUUUUCCGUAUGAUCUCAUCUGAUACAUAAUAAUAGCUUUAUCUAAAAUGGUCCAAAGUUACCCUUAAAAUAAAAGUAACUGACAAACGAUGCGUGCUUCAGGAAAUUAAGUGAUGAUCAUUUACAGGUUGUCAUAUUGGCGAAAAAAAAUGGUAGUGAUCCUGAGCAGUUUGUUAAAUAUAUCGAAGAGGAUUUUAGAAAGAUCAUUGCCGUCCACUACGUCAGUAAAGUUGUCAAACGUUUUUCCAUCGAUCUGUAGAGUUAUGGUUUACUUUUAUAACAGACUUAAUCCUAAGAUUGUCAUGAUGUUACUGCCUAAUUUAUAGGAUCUUGCGUGGAAGUCACAUCAUUGUAUACACUGACUCGUAUCGUAACAAUCACCAAUAUAUGAUGAGGAAAACAUUUGAGUUGGAGAUAAAACAAUAUAUUUAAUGUGAAUAAAAGUUUUGUUGAAUAAGAAUGUCCACGCCUGCAAGGCCUGGUCAUGCCAUCCCAUGCAUUUUCGUCGGUUGAGUUCAUUCUCCCCGCCUUUUCGCAUCGUUUGGUUUUUUGUUUGCGUUAAAUGUUGAGUAUCUGUUUUCCCAGUUGUCUUUAUUCAGCUUUGAGGAUAGUGUGGUCAGGAUCCAAUACCUUUACAGAUCUAUGGUUUGUUGGGCUAUGGAAGUUCCAGUGAUGUGCUACGGUGUGGAUUCUAACCAACUGACAAAAACAGCAUUCAGUUCUAGUCUGCAAAUUGGAAUGACUUAAAUUUCGAAAACCAGGCUUUAUAUUAUAUUCAGUAAACGUAUACUUAUUUACCGUGAAAGCAAUAACGGGGGUCGUAACAUGUUUAAUGGGACUAUAUUCGUAUGUUCAGAGAAGCUAAGAGAGCAUAGACCGUUGUACUUUACCGUAUAGGGUACCCUUAUGUUAUCGUUAUUCCAUCAGUGUAAUCGAGGUAUCGCAAGAUGUCGUAGGGCAUUUCAUUAGGAAAUAAAUAGAUUAAACACGGAGACGUUAGGGAUCCUCAUUUCAUGUGUCCAUCCACCGACUAGCAUGACGCGUCCUUAUGGGUCGAAUUAAUUAUAAGAAGACUAUGGGAGCAACGGUGUUUCCAUUGGUAAUAUAUACACGAAAUGAAAAAAAUGCAAUGUAAUAUUUCUAAGUGUCACUUACGGAAUGUGAACUAGAUGUUGAGUCUCAAAUGUUUUGUAUUUCCUACAAAAUAACAUUGGAUCUAAAAAUUUACUCAGAAAUGAGUACAUUCAAAAAGGAAUAGUCAACAAAAAUUCACACCAGGUUUCCACUUACAAUCCUUACGUUGAUAAUGUUAAGCCCAAGUCUUUGGUAUCUUUUUAACCAAAUUUAAAACAAGUAACUUAUUAUUAAUAGAAGUCCUUGUGAGAAUAAAGUGAACGUCUAACCUGCUUUUUAGAUAUAAUGUACAAAUCAUAUGUUUCUAAGCAAAGGGGGAUUUACACAACUGUGAUUUAUUAACAUGCUCAUGGAUAUUAGUCAAAGAGUAGUUCAAAUAUUAUAAACUGCAGGAUAUGGCAUGUGCUUCAUACUGUGUUGUUGUUUCUUCCAAUCUAUGUCCCAAUAUAUUUACGGCGAGAUAUAUAAGGAGAUCUGCAGUCUUACAAAAUAUCAUUGCCAGUAGAAGGACAGGUUUUUAUUGUUAACCCAUAGUUUGUUGUAUUUAAUUAGAACGUGUAACACGCCUUCUAGAAAUACGGAAUCUCAUGCUAGUCGUUUUGUGAUUUUGUGGAGAUAACUCUAACAAGCUUAUUUUGUAAAUAGUUUUUAAUAUUAUUUGUAUUUAUUUUGUCAAUUUUUCACUGUAUGUACAUUCAUCAUUAAAUGACUGUACGUGUUGUUUUAGUCACUUGACCUUGAAGACACUUUCCGUUGAGCUACUACAUAGCGUGGCAUAUUCGUGCUGGUUAACAAAUACAUUACUACUCACGCAUUCCUAGUUCUAUCUUCAUUUGUGAUUGAGUUAAUGGAAGUUUAAAUCAAAUGCUAUCUACAUUUAUAGACUAUAAUCGGAAUAUAUCACAUCCUACGUUGGACUAUAUCGCUAGAGAGUUCACCAACCUGCUCAGAGUCAUCAAGCAUUUAUAAUUGUGGAUUUACAUUACUGGACUUAAUCAGAACACGCAACGUUUGGGCAAUUUAAGUAACGUCCUUAAUUGUUAUUGUAUUUGUAACAUUUAACUUGUAUAUAUUAAUAUUACUAUUGAUUGUUAUUAACUUUGUUGAUACCUUUUGCGUUUAUAUAUUGUCUGGUCCACCACAAUUUCGACUCCUAAGCACAAUGAAGGGAAUCAAGAAUUAUGCCAUUACCGUUGCUAAAAUUAUAUGUUUCAUCGCUUGCCUCAAGUACUACUAUUAUAUUGACUAAACUGGAUUAUACGACAACCACGUAUACCAAACUAAGGUGUCGUAAUUUUUAUCUUAUUUGCACGGACAUUUCAUUCAAAUUCGUUAGAUAUACACAGUUAGGUUUAUAAACCCGUAGCAGUUGUAAUUUUUUUGCCAACGACAUGCUCUUGGGCUUAAAAUUCGAGGUGGCCGCGUCAUAAAGUUAUCACUAGGUGAGAGAGGUUAGAUGAAGCGGCAAAUAAAUCCCAAAACAAAUAGUUCUAUAAGUUUUCGUCACAUAUAUUGACCUCACUAAUCUUACUGGACACAUUUAGCUGAAGGCGAGCGGUUACGCCUCCGCACCUAUCCACUGUAGCUGCUAGCUUAGACCAAAUUCUUCUCGACAUGUCGAUAGCUUUCUAAAUUUUCCUCGCAUCCCUUCAUUUCUAACUGGGUUGGUGAACUUCGAUUAUAAAGAUGUUAUAUAUAUAGGAGUUGCCAAACUCUGACUACCUGUGACACCUUCAAACUCAAAAACAAACUAUCGUAUCCGACAAACAACAAACGAUAUUGAUUCGAGACAGAAAACAGCAGUCAUUUAGACAUCAAGAUAUAGUGUACAUUCCAACAAAACUUUCGACAAGAGAACAACGACUAUUAUUAAAUUUGGGACAUCAUUCCAUUAUGUAAUGCAUGUCUAGAGUAACGCAUUCUGACAUGGUUAGUAAAAACUGCAGCCAUAACAAAAGUUACGGCAUAACGUAGUUUCUUGAUAAGAAUAACAUCAGCAAAGCUCCUUGAGAACUUGACCGUUAUUACAGGGUACGAUAAAGUAAUCUGACGUGACAAUAGUGAGUAUGAAGAUGCUACAAGUAUUUGGAGUUUGACAACGCUUUAACCAGUAACAGAUUCUAAUAUGAUGCGUACCCACCGAGUAAAAUCAAAAGACAGGAGCGAGGAGGUUCGAAGAUAUAUUUGAUAGGCUAUUAAUAUAUCGAGAAUCGUCUGAUUUAAUCUGCUAACCAUUGCAGUAGUUGUUGAACACGGCGUUCCCACUCGUGAUCUGAUGCGGAUGCAUGACUGAGCGCCUUCAGCUAGGUGAGUCCAUUAAAACUAAUGUGGUCAGCAUCCAAUGCCGAAGACUUACAGAGCUAUUUAUUUUGGGGAUUUAUUUACCACUACAAGUAUAAUUCCACUCGCUCUUAAGAAUUUAUUUACGCCUAAAGCGGCAUUAUUCGUAGAUAACAGAUAUAGUUCAAAUUAUCGUCUGUGUAGAAUACAGGGUUUCGAAAAUUACGAUGUCAUUGUCAUUUGAACCGUUGAUAAUUGUGGUGUUUGUAUGAACUAACGAUUCCUUAGUACUUGUCGAAAGCUUGAUUUCGAAUUCCAAAUACAGUACAUUCGUUCGUGCUUGUGGUUUAUUUCCUCACAUUCAUCCGAAAAGAAUCCUACAGUUUAUUAAUAUCUCUGUUUUUACCAGAAAAGCCUAUUUCACAUCCUUAUGCAACUUCAAAGGAACUACUGCUAGAAUAUGUAAAAUAUACAAAUUUCGAAUGCGGUGAAUGAGAAAAAUUUCAUUAAAAAAUUCAUCAGGACAUCAAAAAUUCCACUACAUCACUAAGUCAUCCUAAUCCAGUGCCUACUCAACGUUAUGCAGAUAAAUCAUUGAGUUGCGAUGCAGUUUACGAUGAUGGGCACAAGUUCGGUCAGUGUUUGUCCCGUGGCAGGUUUCAUUCAUUUAAUUGAUGUGUAUUCCGUAAUUUUAAAUAUGAUGAGAUUGGACACAUUCAGUCAGUUCGUAAUACUACAGCUCAUUCCGCUGGAAAUAAUGCUAAAAUUUGUAAUUGUGAUUUUACUAAGUUGGGUGUUUCUAAUGAUCAUUUAUGUUUAUCCACGACUUGAUAUAGUCCCAUAGCAGUCGAGAGUUAAAUGAAACUUAGAAUCGUUAUGAUACAAAAGUCCCUAAUCAACAAACAUCUUAUAAGAUUUCGCAUGUUAUUUUAGCAAAUAUAGUUUUUUCUAAUGAUUCAUAUAUUUCUGAUGAAAUUUCUUGCAAAUCUGAGAAAAAGGUGUUGAGUGAAUCUAAUCAUAAUCUAAAACCCGAUGUCAUAUCAUAUAUUGUUUGUCGUCAUAACGCAUAUGACUCAGUCUUCAGUAAUAAGGAUAGUAGGUUGAUGAACCUGUAUUAAUCCUGACUCACUGCUUUCCAGUGAAGGUCCAGCUUCUCCUUGAAAGUAUUCACUGAUGGGGCUGAUACCACUUGUUCAGGUAAGGCGUUCCAAUGAUUGACUACUCGAUGAGAAAAACGGGACCCCACUUUAAGUUUAUUAGAUCGUGGUUUAUGAACCUUCUUGCUAUGACCUCGGAGAUUAUUAGUGUUGGAGGGAGCAAAAAGAUAAGACAUACUAACACCCGAAUCAUAAUUAGACACGAAAUGCCAGUAUAAGGUCACCUCGUGUCCUACGAUACAAGAGGGAAAGGUUUAGGCGUUUUGAACGCUCAUCGUAAGGGAGUCUAGAAAGACCCUUCACUAAUUUCUUUCCCACACGCUGGACACGCUCAAGCGAGUUAGCAUUCUUUACCAGACACGGGCUAGCUGCUUGGAUACAGUACUCUAAAUGUGUCUAAUAUAUAUGGGAUAUAAAAUUCGAAACGUUUCCUCGUCAAAAGAUUUAAACGCUCGGCGAAGUGACCAUAACGCACGAAAACCUUUGACAGCGGCUGCGUUGCAAUGCGUAGUUUUUUAAACCAUGACUUAAUACUACUCCUAAGUCUUUAUGCUCUUGAACGCAUGGAAGAGGUUUACUCUGAAUAGUGUGACGGUAAUUAUUACCGUGACCGACGUGCAUUAGCACACUCUUCCUAGCAUUGAUUUCUAAGCCCUACUCUCAAGCCCAUCCAACUAAAUCGUCUAAGUCAGCUUGAAUAUCCAGAUGAUCAGCCGCACUUUUUACUGUUCUCCAGAUUUUUACAUCAUCCGCAAACAAUGUCGACGACCUAAGUAACAGCGGUAACUCAUUAACGUAGAGAAGGAAGAGCAGAGGGCCUAAGAUGAUGCCUUUGGGUACACCACUUUUGACCGGCUUCCAAUCGGAUAGCGUUCCGUUGACCCUCACUCUCUGUCUGCGGUCACAUGAGAAGUUUCCUAUCCGCUCACGUACAGUGCCUAUUAUUCCGAAGCUCAUGAGCUUGUGCAUAAGACCUACUUGUGAAACCUUGUCGAAUGUUUUGCUAAAAUCUGUGAAUAUCACAUCGACAGACAGACCGUUAUCUAGGGCUACUGUCCAAUAAGCAAGUUAGUCAAGCAUGAACGCUUGUUACGAAGUCCUUGUUGCUCAGGAGCUAACAGAUUGUGUAAAUCUAUGUGGCUUAGCAACUUAACCCGAAUUAACUUUUCAAGUAACUUAACGACUAUGCUAGUUAGACUAACAGGCCGGUAGUUAGAUACCAUAUGUCUCUGACCGUCCUUAAAUAUAGGACUGACUAUAGCGUCCUUCCAAUUUCUAGGGAGUUGAGCGAGUGAAAGGGACAUGUUGAAGAGUGUCGCAAGCGGUUUCGAAAUAAUGUCCGCAAGAGAUGACAGCAACCGUGGAUGUAACCCGUUAGGGCCAGGUGUCUUACCAGGUUUGAGGCUAGUUAUCAAUGGAAGGACAGUUUCCUCAGUCACCUGUACAGAUUCUAUGGUUGGUAUCUCGGUGUGAGUGGAACAAGUAUUUGUUACAAUAAACGUAGAGAAGACUUCGCUAAAAUAGUUUGAAAAAGUCUCAGCUUUUGCUCGAUCUGAUUCAGCUAGUAAUUCUGAAUUUUCGUGUAACAGUAAUGGGGAAUACCAUCACUACGUUUCGUCCGCCGUUUGAUAUACGAAAACAAUCCUUUCGGACAAGUACGGCUAUCAUAUACUAACUGUCAUUUGUAAGUGGUACGGGAUUUGGCUAUGGUUUUCUUACAGAUAUUACGGAAUUUUUCGUACUCACGCUUAAAAGGUUCAUGACCUGUCAACAAUAUUAAGUCCCAGAAAUGUUUCCUACGCUUUAACAGCAUCCGGGUUUCCUUAUUAAUCCAUGGAGGGCAGUGUGAUAGCUUACGUGCUGACCAUGGGAUAAACGGCGACGUUACGGACUCGAAUGUAGCCUUAAACUUAUUCCAUUCAUCUUCGAUCAAUCCAUCCGCGUCGACCGAUCAACCAGUCGAGAUUGCACAGUUUCUGAUCGCCGGAAUAUUGGCUCGCCAGGUAUUGGGACGGGGUGGAGCAGAUACGAAUUGUAUACCAUGUGUCCUAAACCUGAAGUGAAUUGCAACGUGAUCACUGUUCACUAGUUGGGUAAGGUGCUGAAUAUCGAAGACAUCCUCACAGUGGUGGGUGAGGGCGAGGUCCAGCAGUGACGGAUCAUGAUUGAAAUCAAUAUGUGUCGGUUUUGUGAUACAUUGUACAAGUGCACACUGAAUAACGGUAGAUAAAAGGUCUCUAUCGAAACCAAUACCUGGAUCCGUAAGCUCUAUCCAGUUGAUAUGCGGUGCGUUGAAGUCCCCAAUGAUGACACAACAUUCUGCCAUACUCCAAGAACGGAUGUGUCUUAGGAUAAAGUCGUCAGCAAGACAAAACGGACUACGGUAUAUCCCCCCUAUAGUCACUAACCCACUUCUAGAUUUAAUCUUACAACAUGCAACCUCACAUGUGCCACUGAUAUGAGCCUCCGAUAUUGUUGAUUGUAUACGAAAGUGAUCCCAAACGUAUAACAUUAUGCCUCCCUCCUUGCGACUUGAAACUCUAUCACUUCUAAUACAGAUAUAACCUGCAAUGAAAGGAGAACAAUCUAUAACUACUGUGAACCAAGUUUCUGUAACAACGAUUAUAUCGGGACAUAAUUCUUCCACCAUCAGACUUAGCUCGGACGUUUUAUUUCUAAGACUACGAGCGUUCGUGUAGCACACGCUUAAGGUGUUUUGGAAAUCAAUCGUUCUACCCAUACAGGCCUCGGAAGCAUUGGCUUCCAAGACCUGACUACCCAAAAACCCUUAAUAGUAAAGUUAUUUUCGCCAUUUAAUUUGCGAGUCUUCUACUCCGUAAGAGCAUUCUUCCACUUGAUUCGGUCCUCAAGCGGCCAAUCUGGUCGAAUACGGAUGUUUGAGUCACGAGUUUUUGGUGCGUUUUUCAAUAAAAUGUCUCUUUCUUCGAAACUCCUGAGAACCAGCUUCAGGAUUCUUCUUGGUUGGGUCUCGCCUCCAACUCAUUUACCGAGUCGUAUUACUUUUGUAAUAUGUACCCCUGAAACCUCUUCAGGUAGCACAUUUCUUACCACAGACUCCACUAACUGCAGGCCAUGUGCAUGUCUUCUAGCAGAGUCGUUAUCUUUCGAAUCCUCUAGAUUCCAAAUAAUUAAACUAGGAAGGGGUUUAGCUUCCUUUGAAAUUGUGUUAACAGCUUUCGACCGUGACGAUAGAUCCUGUAUAUUAGCUUUUAUUGUAACAGAGUUCUGUGAGUGACUCACAACAGUGUUAGACGAGGCUUUACUUUGGAGCUUUGGCGGAUUGGUAUGAGAGUCCACCAAGGACUUAUCAAGUAAACAGUCAUUAGUUUUAGCUGUUAUUUGAUUUUUCUUCUCAGUCACGCCAGGAUGGGCUUCACUCUUACCAUCAGACUUUGGUAGUGUAGUAUGUGACUCACAAUGAGAGUCCAUCAGUGAGUUACUAACUACCUGUGUACUGCCUACAGCUUUUUUCCUUUCGUUUCGUUUCCUACGUACUGUAGUCCAUUGGGACUAUUUGGAACGGUGGUUUUAUCCAGUUCGUCGGUUCCCACUAAAGGUGCAUUGUUAUCAAUGUCAGUACCAGGUGGUAUUAUUCCCCUUGUUAAUGUUAACGGCGAUCUCACUUUUGCAUCGGUCAGAGUCGGUUAUUUGAGGCGCCGCGUAACAGCAGGUACUACACUGACACAAUCGUCACUGUCAGUGUCGGUGUUGUCAGCGCAUGUGUCAUCGUUUUUCUUGCAGGCGAAAGCCAAUAGGCCCAUAGCCUCCUGAGAUAGUACCUUUUUAUCCGUACAGCAAAACAUACAAAGCCAAUGCGAGUUAGGCUUCGAGUAUCUUUUGUAUGCCAUCGGACUUAGGCGUGUACACAUUUUGUGGUACCACUUUUUACAGUCAUCACACUGCAUUCCCUCCUCAACGGGGAACAAACAAUUUGGUUGCCCACGUUUGUGAGUCUUACCAACCAUUGUAAUUAGAUUUAAAAGGUUUAAAAACACACAAUGAUCACAAUGUGAACACAAUUGUUAGUCUAGCAGUAAAAAAAGGUACCUAGGACAAAAUUUAGCAAAAAAUUUCAAACUUCAACCAAAGUACUUAUAGUUAAAGUAGACCAAGAAUCCCUUUUGGUGAAAUAAGUACCCAAAGCAAGUAUAAUCACAACAAGUACAAAAAUAACUGCCCUUUUUGAAACGAGCGCGUAGUCGAGAUCUUGUGGAAUACUUGGUCGAUGUGAAGCACGAGUACUAAAUGAACUGGAUCUUGAUUACAAUACUAAUCAUUUCGUAUCAACUUUUGUUUCUCCUUCUCAUGAAGUCACUGUAAGAUCCAUUUUGAAUCUUUUGUGUGUGGAAAUCCCUCCAUGUAUACACUUGCAG